AGAAAAAAGAUAAAUCCCAUCAAAAUUAAAAACAGCUCUUCAAAAGAUGUAUGUAAUAACAUAAAAAGGCAAGCCACAGACUGGUAGAAAACAUUCAAAAAAUCUAAUAAAGGACUUGAUAUAUAACAUAAAGAACUCUACUAUAUGUAAAGAGCUUUUGAAUAAAUCAAAUGAAUAAAUGGGCAAAAGAUGUAAACAGACCCUUCACCAGAGAGAGAUUAGCACUAAUAAGCACAUGAAAAGAUGCUCAACAUCAUUAAUCCUUAGGGAAAAUGAAAUUAAAACCGCAAUAUUAAGACAUCACCAUAGACCACUGUAAUUACUACAGUUAAAAAAGAGUAACAAUACCAAAUGUUAGAAAACAUACAGAGCAACUGGAACUCCCAUAAAUUGCCGAAGAGAAUGCAAAAUGGUAUAUGUGUUUUGGGAAAGUCUGGCAGUUUCUUAUGAAAGUCCUGUAGUUAUCGUAUGAUGCAACAAUUCCAUUUUUAGGUAUUUAGCCAAAAGAGAACAUUGAUCUUGUCAAAGGCUUGCUCAGUCAUUGCUUCUCUAUUCACUGUAGCUAAAACUGAAAAGGACUCAAAAAUCAACAACUGGUGAAUGAAUAAACAGAUGGUAUUAUAUCCAUAUAGUGGAAUACUACUCAAUAAUGAAAAGGGAACUACUGAUGAAACAAUAGGAUUAAUCUCAAAAGCAUUAUGCUAAGCGAAUAAAGGCAAAGACAAAAGACUGUGUAGGUUUGUGCAAUUGUAAGAAAUUCUAGAAAAGUCAAAAACCUAUUGACGGAUCACUGUGCCGGCACCGUGUAAAUAGUUUCUCUUUUCAGUUUCUUCGCAAUCCGAUGGCAGCGCCUGUAACAGAAAUGCUUACCAAACUUCCCUUACAACGGUAGUUUCUGUACAAGUUCGCAUGUGACAAGGCUCCUCUUUGUGGAAUUUCGGUUAUUCUUCGAAAGCCAUGUGGUCCAGGAGUUGAGGUGACUGCUGCCCGUUCCGGGAACACCUUCUCAGCUCCGCUCCCCAACCCAUCACCCACCAGCACUCCGUUUAUUUGGGCCGCCUUCUAGGCCAUUCUCGCGUCGUUCGUUUCCCUUUCUCUUUCCAUUUCGAUUCUGCCCCCUUAAAAAUAAAAUCAGUUUCGUUUCCGACUUGACCUGCAGGCUCCGCCCCCAAACAGCGCUCGCGAGCCAGACAUCUGAGCAGCCGCGGUUGAGCAGAGCUUGCGGGUAGCCGAGGCAGCUGUGCGGUUGCCUGUCUCCCGCUCGGCACCGCGACGCCCCGGGCGGUGGACGUCCUCAGGCCUCAGAGCUUCCCGUCUUUCCUUUUGCCUGGCGGGUGAUUGGACUCCGUCUCCACCGAAGGUCCGGAGAGCAGAGGCGCACCGUGGAGCCCGCGAAAGCGACGACGGAGCCAAGGCCACAGAGGAUGUCGCGGAGCGGCGCGCGCUCGGCUCCCGGUGUGGCCGCCGCGGCCUGGUCCGUCGCGUCUCGCGCGGCGGAGCCGCAGGGCGCGCAGCUCUGGCUCUUCCCCUGCGCCGCGGGCCUCCGCAUGGCGCUGUCCCAAAGGACAGAGGCGACUCGCCAGAUGUGCUGCGCGCGCGAACGUCUGGUGGUGCUGGAGCGCGGCGGGGCCGGCGUCGAGGUCCACGACCUGUGGGCGGCGAGCGACAGCGCCAGGAAGCCGAAGUGCAUUAAGUUAGGAAAAAAAAUGAAGAUACAUUCCGUGGAUCAAGGAGCAGAGCACAUGCUGGUUCUAUCCUCAGAUGGAAAACCAUUUGAGUACAACUAUAGCAUAGAACAUGCAAGGUUUCAAUGCAUUUUACAAGAAAAAAGUAUAAUUCGGAUCACAUGUGGGGAUUAUCAUUCUCUUGCACUUUCAAAAGGUGGUGAGCUUUUUGCAUGGGGACAGAAUUCAUAUGGCCAGCUUGGAGUUGGAAGAAUAUUUGCUUCAACCCCUACACCAGAGAUUGUGGAGCAUCUCUCAGGAGUCCCCUUGGUUCAGAUUUCUGCAGGAGAAGCCCAUAGCAUGGCUUUAUCCAUGUCUGGAAACAUUUACUCAUGGGGAAGAAAUGAUUUUGGACAACUCGGUCUGGGCCACACCAAAAAUAAAGAGUCUCCUUCCCUUAUUGAAGCCCUGGACAAUCAGAAAGUUGAAUUUCUCACAUGUGGUGGCUUUCACGCUGCCCUGCUCACAAAGGAUGGGCUGGUGUAUACUUUUGGCGCUGGAAUAUACGGGCAACUUGGUCAUAAUUCAACAGAGAAUGAAUUAAGACCACGUUUGGUGACUGAGCUUGUUGGGAAUAGAGUGACCCAGUUAGCUUGUGGAAGGUGGCACACACUUGCCUAUGUUUCUGAUUUGGGGAAGGUCUUUUCUUUUGGUUCUGGAAAAGAAGGACAACUGGGAAGCAGUGGAACACAGAAUCAGCUGAUACCACUUCCCAUGAAAUUGCCGUCAGAUGAAGAGCUCAAAUUUGAGAGCCAUGCCUCAGAAAAGGAGUUAAUAAUGAUUGCUGGAGGGAAUCAAAGCAUUUUGCUCUGGUUGGAAAGAGAGAAUCCCUAUGUUAAUCUGAGGAGGAAAAUUCCUACAUUGAAUGAAGUGACUGUAAACAGGUGGAUUGCUGAUGUGGGGACUAAACAGUGGCAAAAUGCAAAAAGGGAAAUCAGAGAGAUAUUUUCAUCUCCUGCUUGUCUGACUGGAAGUUUUUUAAAGGAAAGAAUUGCUACAGAAAUGAUUCCUGUUCAUUUGGAUUUAAGUAAAGCAAGAAACACCUUCAAGGAGUUAACCCAGAAGGAGUGGAUUACUAACACGAUAACCACGUGUCUCAGGGAUAAUCUGUUCAAAAAUCUUCCGUUUCAUUCUCCACACCAAGAAGCUUUAGAAAUUUUCUUCCUUCUUCCAGAAUGUCCUAUGAUGCAUGAUUAUAACAACUGGGAGAGCCUAGUGGUUCCGUUUGCAGAGGCUCUUUGUAAAAUGAGUGACCAUUCGUCAGGCAUAAUGGAGAAAUAUUGGGCAUCUCUGCAAGAAUCUGCUCUCAGCCAACUGGUCCAGAUGUUUAAAAGAGCCAUCACUGCUCAAAUGCGCUAUUGGACUGAAAGUCCAGAGAGUAACUGUCACAUUAAAGCUCUCCUGGAAAUGUUGAAAAGGCUACACAGGAUAAACCAGGCUAAAUGUCAACUGCCUGAAAAUAUUUUCAAAAUAAAUGAACUCAUGCACUGGCUUGAUUUUUAUGGAGAAGCGUAUAGAAGAUCCUCUUGGAAAAUGAGCUCAGGCACUUCAGGAGACCUCCAUUAUCCUGUCAUAUUCAGUCAUUUUCCAUUUGUCUUUAAUAAUUUAUCGAAAAUUAAGCUACUGUAUGCAGACUCACUUUUAAAAAUACAGUGCCGGAGCAGCCGGGGAGUGGCUGCGUGCACCUACUCACAGCGGUGGAGCAGCCAGGGAGCGGCCGUGUGUGCGCACACAGCAGCAAAGCAGCCGGGGAACGGCUGCACCCACAACAGCCACCUAGAAACACCUCCCGGCAUGCAGCCACCCGGGCCAGACCCACAGGCCACUGCUGAUGCACAGCUGCCUGACAGGCAGAGGAAACUGGGGAAAGGCAUGAAGGGCACUGUUCUCACAGGAGAGCACACCAGGAGUUUGCAGACACUUCUGAAUGAUGAAGGCGAUGGCUUUGGAGAAGUAUUUUACAUCUAUUUUAAUGUGCAUUGGGACAAAAGUGAUGUAGACCUAAUUCCUAAUGGAAGUUGUGUAAUUGUCAACCAGACAAACAAGAGAGACUAUGUUUCUAAGUGUGUUGAUUACAUUUUCAACAUCUCUGUAAAGGCAGUUUAUGACGAAUUUCAAAGAGGCUUUUACAGAAUGUGUGACAAGGAGAUUAUUGGAUUUUUCCUUCCUGAAGAACUAAAGGAUGUGAUGAUUGGAAAUACAGAUUAUGACUGGGAAACAUUUGAAAAGAAUGCACAUUACGAACAAGGAUAUGACAGUUCCCAUCCCACUAUAGUGAUGUUUUGGAAAGCCUUACACAAGUUGACUAUGGAGGAAAAGAAAAAGUUCCUUGUGUUUCUUACAGGAACUGACAGAAUUCAAGUAAAAGGUUUAAAGAACAUGAAAAUAACGUUUUGCUGUCCUGAAAAUUUUAAUGAAAAAGAUCCCAUAAGAGCACAGACGUAUUUUAGUGUCCUCUUCCUCCCUAAGUAUUCUACAAUGGAAAGAGUGGAAGAAGCACUUCAAGUAGCUAUCAACAGUACCAGAGGAUUUGGCUGACCUACCUCACACUUUUUACAUCUUUUUUGGAAAUACUUUCAAAAAUAAAAUUUUCAACUCAAAAGUUAACAUGAAAGUC